UUAAUAUUUGUCGGCGCAGGGCUCUGUAACUAGUUUCUUCAAGUCAAUUUUUUAGAUGUUGAAGUACUAACAAGUUUCUUAAAGCAUUGUGUUUAAUUUUGUGCGAUAUAAAAAAUAUGGGUAAAAGGAGAAAGAACGCGUUAAUGGAGUUGGAUUCUAGUGACAGUGAAUCUACAUCUAAUAUUGAAUCUGAACUUCUGACAAUGGUAAAAAAACGAAAAAGGAAAGUAAGUAACACUCAAAUCUUAUCGGGAUUGUCAGGAUCAGAUACCAAAUCCGAUACAGAUUAUGAAAAAAUGGAAGAUAGCGUGGAAAAAUAUAAACACAAGAAUAUUGAGAAUAAAAUAGAAAAUGUACAAUUGCGUAAAAACGAACAGGAAGAUGGGGAAGUUUCUGACUCUGAAGAUGAUUAUACAAAAAAGGACAAUUCAGAGAUAUCUGAUAUCAAUUCUAAUGAAAUAGAGUCAUGCUCAUCCUCUGAGAGUAGUUCUGAUUCCGAAUUUGACGAUGGUUACGACGAAAAUUUAAUGGGCGAUGAAGCAGAUCGCAAGAGACUAUCAUGUCUAUCAGAAAAAGAACGUGAAACCGAAAUAUUUAAAAGAAUUGAACAAAGAGAUAUUAUGCGAACUCGUUGGGAAAUAGAAAAAAAACUAAAGUUAGCAAGGAAAAGUGAAAAGGCAAAAAUAAAGCCAAAAGAUGGAAAAAAGAAGAAACUAAAAUCCAAGAAAAAAGAAGAAAAAAAAUAUAUUCAUCAAGACAAAGAAAACUCAUCAGAAAAGGAAAAAGAGGCUCCUAAACCUCAACAUUCAUUAGAAGCCCUAGAAAAUAUCCCAGAGAAUGUUACAUCAUUAUCUAGUGAACCGCUAAUAAGAUCUGUCUCAAGUGAUGAUCAAAUUAGUGCAUCUGCUGAAUAUUUUGAUCACAAAGAAAGAUCAAAGGAAAGAAAAAAAAAUGUAGAAAUGAAUAGAACUGAUGAUAAACGUAGCAAUGCAAUGGCACUUUUAAAAGCCAAGCGUGAAGGAAAAGCAAAAAGAGAAGAAGAAGAAGCUAAACGACAAGCACAAAAAGAACGAGAUGAUGAAAAGGAUGAGUUAGAAAGUGUUACAGGUGGAAAAUCAUCAGUAAAACUCAAAGCUUCAGAAAUUUAUUCGGAUGAUUCGGGAAGUAGUGACUGGGAAGAUGAUGAAAAGCCGUCUACAAAACGAACCCCAUCAAAUAGCAGUAAAUAUUCUAGUGAAUCAGAGGAUGAAGAAUCAGAGGAGCAUCAAACUAGAUUUAUUAACACUAGAGAUGAAUUAAACAAGAUACGUUUAUCGCGAUUUAAAAUGGAGAGGUUUAUAAAUUUGCCAAUUUUUGAACGAACUGUACUCAAUUGCUUUGUUCGUAUUAGUAUUGGAAACAAUGGACAAAAACCUGUAUAUCGUGUUGCAGAAAUUGUAGGUGUGGUUGAAACUGCUAAAAUAUAUAACUUGGGUAAAACCCGUACCAAUAAGGGUUUACGUUUGAAACAUGGGAACCAGGAGCGUGUAUUUCGACUUGAAUUCAUUUCAAAUCAAGAAUUUACGGAGAGCGAGUUUUCCAAAUGGCGUGAAAUUUGCGUACAACAAAAUGUUCAAAUGCCUUCAUCAAGUCUUAUUGAGAAAAAAUUAGCUGAUAUUAAAGAAGCUUUGAAUUAUGAAUUUAAAGAUGAAGAUGUGGAUAAGAUAAUAGAGGAAAAAAAUAGAUUUCGGAACAGACCAACAAACUAUGCAAUGAAAAAAACUUGUUUAAUGAAAGAAAGAGAUGCUGCGAUGUUACGUGGUGACUAUGAAGUUUCACAAGAUUUAAGUCAGCAAAUAGAAGAACUUGAGAGUCGAGCAUCAGAAUUAGAUAAACGAAGAUCGAGCAGUAUAAGUUUAAUUUCUUAUAUAAAUGAUCGCAACAGAAAACGUAAUGUAGAGGAUGCCGAAAAAGCUAUUUUAGAGGAAGCACGAGCUAAUAAAGGAUUACGGAUAUCAGAUCCCUUUACGAGACGAAUCACACAACCACGUAUGGGUUUUAAACAACCAAAUGAUAAAAAGGACAUUGAAGAAGUAAAUGAAAAGACAUCAUCUGAAUCAUUAGAUAUUCAUAAGUUUGAACAAAUGGAGAAAAUAAAUAAAAAUGGUGACAACAAAAAUUAUAAUCUAUACUCACUGCAUGACUUCGAUAUAGAUUUAGACGUAACAGUUCCAGUGAACACCGUCAACAACCUUCCAAAGCCAGUGCCAAAAAUAACGGAAGCAGCAACUAAGAGGUCAUUAAACUUGGAGGACUACAAAAAAAAAAGGGGUCUUAUUUAAGAAAUGCUGUUAAUAAAUAUGUAUUAUCUUACAUAGUUUAAUAAAAUAAAAAUUGAGUAUCAUAUUAUAAAACAAAAA